AUGGCUGUCAGUGCUCCCGAAGUGAUUGUGCCAAAGAAGGUCCUAUCGGUGUCUAAAGGCGCUGAUCGAGACGCUAACUCGGGCACAUUUACACUCUCUAACAGCAAGGUUUCCGAGCCCACCGCAAGGGCUAGCAUUGUGUUCGACUAUGAAAUUUGCAUAGGUGGAAUUCCGUUCAUCGUCGUGGAACGCGCACAUGGCCAUGGGCAGAUACAGCUUCAAGCUGUUUACAGCGAGACAAUCGGGGGAAUUGAUUGCGAGACUGGAGAUGGGCCAUUCUUUUUCUUUUCCAAUGCAAUGGAUUGCUACCGCAAUGUUGCCAUCAAGAUUGAUCCAUCUGAAUCACAGCAAACCAUCAAGGCAAACCUUGCGCAAAGAUCGCAGAGGUACUUAAAGCUUGUGCUUAUCUCCGAAGAUGCGUCCGUUGUUAUCAGUCGAGUUGGGGUUGAGCUUGUCAGGCCAUUUAUCGAGCCAAAGGCCUCUUUUCACUGCUCCGACGAAACUCUCAACCGAAUCUGGAGAGACGGUGUCCGCACUGUGGACAUGUGCACCGUCUUCAAGGGCGAGACAGCUCCAUCAUGGGAAGUCACGAAUGACGGCACUAGAGUUCUUGGUCAGCACUGGGCUCCAUGUCGACAGGGCACUCGGUGGGGAGACAAAGAAGUCACAUUUGAAGUUCGUAUUGAGCAUCUUGGUGCCAGCUGGGGCGUUCAUAUGGUGGCCAACGGAGUUAUCUUUUGCCUCGACAUCGACGCCGAGGAGCUCCGAGCGUACGAAGGCUUGGCUGACCAAUCUGCGGUGUUCCCCGUGAAGAGCUUUGGAAGUUGGUCGACUCACGGCAUUGCGAAGAAAGGGGACUGGAUCCAAGUUUCAACUAUUACCAAGGGGAAUGUAAUUGCCGUCACAAUCAACGACCGGGAGGUUGCGACAAUCGCAGACGUUCAGCUUCGGCCAAUUCUUGGAGGAUCUGGCAUCAACACCGGGUCUGUGGCAUUUGGGGGACCCAAUGGAUGGCUGGCAGUCUAUCGAGACCUUGCUGUGAAAGGCGCCGGCGAGGUCCUGUACGAGAACAGCUUGCGAUUCGAGGACAAGGACAGGACACUGGCUGAUUUCCAGGUCGGAACAAAUGCCGUGGCUUGCAUGAUUGAUGGAGCAAAGAGAGACAGAGCCACGUUUGGCGGAGAUCUGUUUGUCUCUGGUCGGGGAGUCGCUUACGCUGGGCUGGACAUGGCUGCGGUUGCCGGCAGCAUUGAGCUUCUUUCGAGUCACCAGACUGAGGAUGGGUAUCUCGGUAACCUGUGUCCCAUUCAAGCACCCAUCCACACAGGCGACGCGCCACCACCGACAUAUGCAUUUUACUCCAUGACAUAUGCGUGCCUUCUGGUGGUUGCUGCGAAGGAUUACUGGUUUCAUUCCGGAGACGACACGGUUGUUCAGCGGUUCCUCCCCGCUGCUGAAAAUCUCUUGAAGUUCGCAGAAUCCCAUUUGAAGCCUUCGGGCCUUAUUGAGGUACAUCCUGAACUUUCAAUGCACUGGUACCCUCUUGGUGGCCCAGUGUUUGGCGCAGCAGGAACGACGAACCUCGCAUAUUACGACGCAUUGAAUGCUGUGAUUGCAAUGACAUCUGAUUCAAGACGCAAGUCACAGCUUGCCGAACAAGCUGAGACUCUCAAAAGCAACAUACUUGCUCACUUAUGGAAUCCAGAGACUUGUAGCAUCCGCAUGGGAAUAGCUCUUCCCAGUGACGGAAUUUGCCAAGAUACGAACGGCUACGCACUGUCGCUUGGAAUUACGUCUGAACCAGACAAGACUGCGGGACACUUGGCGUGUCCCUCAGGCACGAAGCCUGUAGCCUUCAAGGGAUUGAACCACUGGGACAGGACAGGAGUUAUCAGCCCAUAUGCUACGGGCUUUGCAGUUGAGGCGCUCUUCUCCCACCACAAGGGGCAAGAAGCUAUCAAGCUAAUUGACAGUGUCUGGGGCCCGAUGGCUGAUACGUCAAGCCCCAACUAUUCCGGCGGUCACUGGGAAGCAAUGACCGCCGAAGGAGAACCUUUCUACCACGAUACGUCUUUGAUGCACGCCUGGUCAUCGUGGCCUGUGUUCUUGCUGCCUCAAUACGUUGCUGGUGUGAAACCUCUGGAACCUGGAUGGAGGAAAAUCCAGGUUGCACCGGUUUUGUCCGGUAUCAGCUCGGCACACUAUGGAAAGGAGACUUCAAGUGGCAAAGUAGAGGUUAAUCUCAACGUCGACGAGGGAGCUGGCAAGAUUGGUGUUAACCUGUCACUACCGCCCGGGAUUUCCGCGGAGCUUUUACCUCCUCCUGGCUAUAUAAAUCAGGGUGAUGCAACUGUGCAAGGACCAGUAGGAGAGAAGUUAAUCACUUUUCAACGGGCAGAAAUCAGAAAUUAG